GAAGAUGUUUUGCAACCGCAAGCGCAAGAAGUCUUCCUGUGACUGUUGCUUUGUACCGUUGUCAGUAUUAUAAGCAGAAAAUAUUCUGAUUUAUUAUAGGACAUAUUUGUAUGCAAGGAACUGGUGCAUUUUACAGAUUUUACCAUCCCCUAGUUCGAUCCAUUUACGUUACCAAUUCGUUUGUCUGUUUAGCUAACGCUGGAGUUUUUUUUUUCUGACGAACGAGCUAACGGGCUAGCAAAACCAGGCUACUGACAGUGACAGUGACAGCUCCGCUGAACCACACUGCUGUCAUACCACGACGCUGAAACCGAGUGGAAAUGUCCAGGCGGAGUACCAGGCUGGUGCAGCCUGACGAUGAUGCAGCCAGCACCAGCUCCACAGCCUCCACCAGCCAGAUCUCCUACAGAGAGAGCCCUGUCAGGAUCUUUAAGAAGAAGACGGGCGGGCGCAGGACGGGGCCCUCGCGCUCCUCUGGUGAUGUCCUCAGCCAGUACAGAGACUUUGAGGAAGCCGGGCCGGAGGAUGACUGGGGCUCAGAGGCAGAGCACAGGGCCACGCCCCCGAGGAAGGUCACCUCCUCCUAUAGGACCUUCAGUGCUGAGCCCCUCCCCACUCCCAGAGGGAGCCCCGCCCUGGUCAGCAGCCUGCAGGAGGUGCAGGGCCACUCCUCUGGCUACUCCUCCUGUGAGGAAGCAUACUCCCGCCCCGGCCUCAAAUCCGCCCCGCCUCCCGCAGAAGCAGAGUUCGGGUUUCAGGAUGUGAUCCGUUCCCCAGCUCAAAUGAUGACCAUGCUGUUUUGGAAGCUUGGCUCGGCCUGGUACACCCUGACCUCUGGCCUCUCCCUGCUGGAUGUCUUCCUGCUCAGCAGACGCACUGCCGCCGUGAAAAAAGCAGUCCUUCUCUUCUUCCUUUUUGCCUUCCUGCUUCUCGCCGUAUGGUACUGGUAUCCCCACAUCUCCUGCUUCUUCACCCUGAGAGCGAUGAAAUCUACACCCGUUGUCUCUGCACCAGUCAGCACCAUCCCACAGGGCGUUGCCGUGACUCCCGGCCUGUCUGACCUCCGGGAUGAGAUCAACAGCCGCUUCCGGGAGAGAGAGGCCAGGUGGACGGAGGAGAGGGAGAAGGCGAUGCACGAGGAGGAGAGAUGGAGGGAGGAGAGAGGUAGAGAGCAGAAGAACAUGCUGAGAGAGCUCACACAGCUGAAGCAGGACGGAGACAAACUAAAGCUCUUUUCAGAGACACUGAAGACGGAAAUAAGAGACUUGCAGCAAACGGUUAAGAGUGGUGACGUUGAGCAUCGCAGCAGACUCGGGCAGGAAACGGCAGGACUGGACAGGCAGAUAUCCGACCUGAGGGCUGAACUGACCUCGCUCCACAGCGCAACAGAUUCACUGCAGCAGCGAGUGGACUCCCAGGAAGCAAAUAAUGCUAAGAUGCAGGCGGAGCUGUCCGCGUGGCUGGUGGAGCAGCUGUCCUCCGGAUCUCUCGGCGCGGGGCUGGUGAUGCAGCCCGAGCUGCAGGGGGCGCUAGAGGGCCUGGAGAAGAGGCUGCUGGACCGCCUGGCGGAGGACGGGGUGAAGAACAGGGGCGAGGCCUGGAGGAGCGUGGGGGAGACCCUGCAGCGAGAGGGGGCGGGGGCCGUCACUGUGCAGGAUGUUCAUCAGAUUGUGCACAGAGCGCUGAGUCUGUACCGGGCGGAUGGCAUCGGCAUGGUGGACUUUGCCCUGGAGUCCUCAGGUGCAAGUGUGGUCAACACGCGGUGUUCAGAGACAUACCGCACCAGAUCAGCCUGCCUCAGCCUGUUCGGAAUCCCCCUGUGGUACCACUCUGAGAGUCCCCGCACGGUCAUACAGCCGGAGGUGUACCCAGGGAAGUGCUGGGCGUUUCGGGGUGGGCAGGGCUUCAUCAUGAUCGCCCUGUCCUACCCGGUCCACAUCACCCACGUGACCCUGGAGCACCUGCCCAAAACGCUGUCCCCCUCCGGACGCAUCGACAGCGCCCCCAAAGACUUCUCCGUCUACGGAAUGGCCCAUGAAAAGGAUGAAGGCGCAUUUCUGGGCUCCUUCACCUACGACCAGGAUGGAGAGCCCAUUCAGACCUUCGCCCUGCCGGACUCACCGGAGGGGGUCUAUCGGAUGGUGGAGCUGAGAGUCCUCAGUAACUGGGGUCACCUGGAGUACACCUGUGUGUAUCGCUUUAGAGUGCACGGCUCGCCCUGGUCCACAGGAGAGUGACAGACAGGCACCUGAGUGUGUGUGAGUGUGUGUAUGUGUGUGUGUGUGUGUGAGUGAGUAAGUGAG